AGCCGUUAUUACAUCCGGUUCGGUCGCUGUAUUCCUUCCGCUCUGUCUAAAUUUCAUAACGCUGAUCCAGGGAGAUCACGAAGAAAAGGAUGUUGUCCUGUCUCGGCUGUCCCGUUCUUAGCCGGGUGCUGACCACUGGGGCUUCGCGUGCCCCGGCUGUGGUUGCAGCUGCUGGUGCAUCUCGCACUUCUGUAGCCGCCGCCACCACCACUACCUCUCCACCAACCCCAAACUCCAUGACACUGGUGCGGUACAACAGCACAGCUCAACAGGAAACACCAAAGAAGACCAAAUUUGGACCUCUAGCUGACCAGGACAGAAUAUUCACUAACCUGUAUGGACGACAUGACUGGAGGCUGAAAGGUGCCCUGAAGAGAGGUGACUGGUAUAAGACCAAGGAGAUUCUGGAUAAAGGAGUGGACUGGAUCCUGAAUGAGAUUAAGGUCUCAGGGCUGCGAGGCCGAGGGGGUGCCGGCUUCCCAACUGGGAUGAAGUGGAGCUUCAUGAACAAGCCCAGUGAUGGCAGGCCUAAAUAUCUGGUGGUGAAUGCUGAUGAAGGAGAGCCCGGUACCUGUAAGGACAGAGAGAUCAUGCGUAAUGAUCCCCAUAAGCUGAUCGAGGGCUGUCUGGUCGCUGGCCGAGCCAUGGGAGCACGUGCUGCUUACAUCUACAUCCGGGGAGAGUUCUACAAUGAGUCGUCCAACCUGCAGGUGGCCAUUAAUGAGGCUUAUGCUGCAGGGCUGAUUGGCAGGAACUCGUGCGGCUCAGGUUAUGACUUUGACGUGUUUGUGAUGCGCGGUGCGGGAGCGUACAUCUGCGGAGAGGAGACGGCUCUGAUUGAGUCCAUUGAGGGAAAACAGGGAAAACCUCGUCUGAAACCCCCUUUCCCUGCUGAUGUGGGCGUGUUUGGCUGUCCAACAACCGUUGCCAAUGUCGAGACCGUAGCUGUGGCACCAACCAUCUGCCGUCGUGGCGGCACGUGGUUUGUGAGUUUCGGCCGAGAGAGAAACUCUGGCACGAAGCUCUUUAACAUUUCGGGCCAUGUCAACAACCCCUGCACGGUGGAAGAAGAGAUGUCCAUUCCCCUGAAAGAGCUCAUUGAAAGGCAUGCAGGUGGCGUCCGGGGUGGUUGGGAUAAUCUCCUGUGCGUUAUUCCUGGUGGUUCUUCCACUCCACUAAUCCCACGUAAUGUGUGUGACACCGUUCUCAUGGAUUUUGAUGCCCUCGUGCAGGCUCAGACCGGUCUCGGCACAGCGGCACUUAUCGUCAUGGAUAAAUCAACUGAUGUUAUUCGAGCUAUUGCCCGCUUGAUUGAAUUCUACAAGCAUGAGAGCUGUGGGCAGUGCACUCCUUGCAGAGAGGGAGUGGACUGGAUGAAUAAGAUGAUGUGGCGCUUUGUGAAAGGCGAUGCAAAGUCAGCAGAGAUUGACAUGAUCUGGGAGAUCAGCAAGCAGAUUGAGGGCCACACCAUCUGUGCCCUGGGAGAUGGAGCCGCAUGGCCAGUCCAGGGUCUGAUCCGUCACUUCCGCCCUUUAAUGGAGAACAGAAUCGCAGACUUCAAACAGAAACAGCAGGCACGCGCUUGAAGUCUCCAUAUCUGUGUCCGUUCUCACUCAUCCUAUCACUUAUUUAAGCAAAACCUUUUCUCUCGCUCACUGAUGUGUGAACUGCUGGCAUCCAUGUUUUGUUUCUAUUACAUAUAUCAGUGGGAUUGAAUGAAAAUCUAGAAAUAGUUUUAGCAGACUAUCCUAUUAUGGUGAUGGACUCAACAGCAUACUCGUGAUUUUGGAUGACUUAUGACAUAUUAUAGAUUGGAAACUGUUUGAGCAGAUAACAUCACGCAUGUACAAUAACAUGUAGUGAGUAAAUGGUUAUGGUUGAUGGAACUAUGUUAAAUCCUAUUAUGAUGUUAAGGCUGUUUUCUUGAAAAUAGAAAAUAAAAUCUCGCACUGUAUAAACACUUAUUUGUGGAAGUAAAGAGCCUAAAACUUAAAA